UACAGGCUGCAGAGUCACUGAUGAAAUAUUGCACUUGGUUCCAAAUAUAGAAAACUUUAGGCUAACCCUCAGAGCCAUUAAGUUAUGGGCAAAACAAAAAGGCAUUUAUUCCAACGUGCUUGGCUUUCUUGGUGGUGUGUCUUGGGCAAUGCUAGUAGCAAGAACAUGUCAAUUAUAUCCAAAUGCAGUGGCAUCAACACUUAUUCACAAAUUCUUCUUGGUCUUUUCAAAAUGGGAUUGGCCAAAUCCAGUACUGUUGAAACAGCCGGAAGACAGCAACCUAAACCUGCCAGUUUGGGACCCACGUGUAAAUCCUGCUGAUCGUUUCCACCUGAUGCCUAUUAUCACACCAGCAUAUCCUCAACAAAAUUCCACUUACAAUGUGUCGACUUCAACACGAGCUGUAAUAGUAGAAGAAUUUAAACAAGGGCUUGUUGUCACAGAAGAAAUUGUAUCAGGGAAAGCAGACUGGUCAAAACUCUUUGAAACACCACUUUUUUUCCAGAAAUACAAGCACUACAUUGUAUUAAAAGCUACUGCAUCUACUGAAGCACACCAUUUGGAAUGGGAUGAGUACAUUUGUCAGUGGUUCAUCGGAGUAGUUUUUCGAAAGGUUGAACAUGCUGAUGGAGUAAGCAUUGAUUUAACAGAUGACAUUCAAGCAUUUACAGAUACAGUUUACAGGCAGGCAAGUAAUAUCAAUAUGUUGAAAGAUGGAAUGACAAUUGAAGCAACCCAUGUGAAAAGGAGACAACUUCAUCAGUACCUUCCUGCAGAAGUCUUGCUAAAGAAAAAAAGGAGCUUGCCAGAUGUUGGUCGAAAUUCAAGUGGAAGCCACUCAAAGAGGGCAUCUUUAGAUGGAAGUUCCUUGGAUAGUUCACGAGAGAAUGAUGCUGGAACACCAUUUUGUUCUCCUACAACAUUACACAAGUCUUCAAAUGAAAGUCCAGCAGCAUCUGAGUUCUACAGGAAUAUCACACCUGGAAAUAAAACUGCAGCUUCUUCUGUAGAAAGAAACUCGAGUUAUGCAUCUCCAGAUCUUUGUGCAAUUUCUGCAGUGAAACCUGCAUCUUCCUCAUCUGUUUGCACCAUUCCAAAUGUCUUUGGAGGCAACAUGAGUCCACAUUUCACUACACCACCCAGUAACAAUCCAGAAGUUAAUGGAAUCCCAGCUGUUGGUUCUUGCUGUGCUGUGUCAAAGAGACCACAUUCACCUACUUUGGAAGAAUCGCCAAAAAAACUUAAGGACAUGGAAGAGGUGUCAAUUGGAGGAGAGAAACCUUUACCAAUUCCAUCCAUUAAUAUAUCAAGAUCUCAGAGACUAUCCAGUAAAGAACUACCAGAUGCAACUUCUCCUGUACCAACAAGCAAUAUUCGAGUCAUAAAAAAUUCUAUCAGACUAACUCUUAACAGGUAGCUACAGAUGUCCGCGCCUAUUUGUGCCAUGCAGAAUAUGUAAUCAAUAUAUUUCUGGUGCUGUUGCCUUGCAGAUCAUCCAUUGGUAGAGAAUAAUUGUUUAUAUACCUGAUUGUUCUUUCUGAUGCAAGGCAGGAAGUUUAAACAAGUGUUGUGAAUUAUGGCAUCUCCAUUUUAAUAUACUAGAAUUGCAAAAUGUUUACCUUGGUAUAAUUUUUCAUGAAUUCAUUGACGGGUCUGAAAGUAGUCGGACUUUAAAAACUGAUUUUUAAUUUGCCUAAACUCAUUUACAGUCUUUAUUAUGCACCUGACAGAUUUUCUUCUGUGGAUGUAUAAUUUUAUGUCACAGAAGUUUAUUGUAUAUAUUGUAAUGUAUUGUCUGACUUGUCUUGUAUUGAGAUUAGAUCAUUUUAUUUGUUAAAAAGAAAAAAAAGAAAAAAAAAGAGAAAAAGUUAAAAUGCAAAAAAGUUUCCUCUUGCAUGUGGUGGAUUAGUUGGUGGAACUGUUAAGAGAAUUCUCUGGAAAUUCAUUCUUAUUUCUGUUCAUAAUAUUGAAAGCAUUUAUUCUACACUGUAACCAGUACAUACAGUUGACAACACAGGUUUCAGGAAUAGUUUUGCAAUCAUGUUUUUGAAUAUCAUGUUAAAUCCUUCUAAGCUAAGGGCUAGAAAUGCUUGACAUCCUUGUAUUUUGUACUUUUAAUUCACUACUGGUUGCCUCCCAUGGAGGCCCGAAAUAGUCAUGAUUUCCAAUCCAAUAGCUGUAUGGUUCAAAUUUGUCUGCUUUUGUGCUUUUUUUUUCUCCAAGACGUAACUGAUGUGAGAACGACUUAAACAUGUUAGAACCUAGCCACAAAGGUAUACUCAGUUCAGAACCUUGUUUGAGGAUGGCCUUGGCAUAGAAUGACAUUUACCACAUUACCCUGCAUGUUCCAUUUUAAUGCUAGCAGUGAGCAGACUUCAGUAUUUUCAUAUUUGUGUAAUUAUAAAUGCACAUAAUACCAAAUGCCAUACUUGAAGUUUUACUGUCAAAGGUCAGUUUUGCUUUUGUUUUUCCAAAUCAGAAUCCUUAUGUAUUUUCAGACUACUUUUGUAUUUAUAAAAUACCAUAUUUUUCAACAGGUGGAAAAACCUCA